AUGGUGGUUCCAGACAGCCAGCAGCUGUUUGCCGGCGGUAAUCCUCUAACUGACCCCAAUCGCAAUGUUCCUCUUAGAGCUGUUGAUCAAAGAUCCGAUGUGUCGUCUGAUGUUGUUCUGGAAGUUAAACAAUGUAUGGAGUUGAAUAAUCAAGAGAAACAGGAUCAGAAAACACAGCAUAUCAAGUUGAAUUAUGAUAACCGAUCUACCUGUUUUACUGAAGAUGGUAUUGCUGUAAAGCUCAAUAAUGAUAAGGAAAUUGCCAAUUCUCAGAUUUUAAAGAAGUCUAUGGUUGUCAAGGUGCUGGGAUCGAAUAUAAUGUUCUCUGUUUGCAGUCAAGAACUCAGAAGACAAUGGGGUAAGCUUGGUAUCUUUCAUAUUACCACAUUAGGUUGUAAUUGGAUGUUGUGUUUGUUUACCACCAUGGAAUCAAUGGAUGAAGUUUUAAGCGGAGGUCCCUGGUACAUAGGAAAUCAUAUUAUAGGUAUGGAUAGGUGGUCAUCGUCAUUCUCUACUGAUUCGCUUAAGGGUAUCUCUUCUCCAGUCUGGAUUAGGUUCCCUGGAUUACCUUUAAGCUGUUGGGAUGAAGAAAAUAUUCCCAUGAUUGCUUCCAUUAUUGGAACUCCUAUGAUGCUUGAUGGAAACUCAUUUAAAUGGGGCAAAGGAAAGUACGCUCACUGCUGUGUCAAGGAAAAACUGGUACAAGAACAAGUGGAAGUUCUGAAACGGACAGAUAAUGUCAAUGAAGAUGGUUUUAAGCAGCAAGCUGAUGAUUAUGGACCUUGGAUCCACGUUAAAUUCAGAGACAGAAGAGUCAGAAAUAUUAAGAGAGCUGGUGGAGCUAGUAGUUUCAAUAAACAGAUUAAUAGACCGGUUGAAUCAAAUAAACAAAAUCAAAUUGUAGAAGAGCCGGUUAAAACUACAGAGACAGAAGGAAAUCAGGACAAGUCUCUAACUCAGGGAGAAGAUAUGAACGCUGAAGGAAUUCAGUUACAGGAUAUACCAAUUGGGGUGAAUAAAUUCCAAACUUUGGAAGGAGAUCUGGAAGAAGGGGAAUUAAAUGAGAAAGAAAAGACAAGGAUGCUGGAGAAGGCGGAACCUCUGAAUCAAUAUGGAAAGGAAGUUCACCUGGAAGUUGAAGUUCCAAUUGCAGAUCACGAUCUUAAAGAUCAAUUAAAUUCUACUUCAAAUUCUGGUAAAAUGAAACUAGCCAAUGAAUUGAGAUCAUUGGAACCUAUGGAAGCUGAUACAAAAAAGAGGAGAGGGACUAAAAUAAAUAGUAAAAUAAUGGGGGAUUAUUCCUCUAUUAUGUCUUAA